CGCGGGGACAGCAGUUGCACCAACUCCUGAAAGCGCAGCCUAUUUGGGAGCCCUGGGGUAGGAAGCGAGGCCGAGGUUCGGUUCCCAGACUGGGUGUGGCUUCAUGAGCUCAUCCAAGGGGGCGGGCAGGGCCGGCUCCCUGUUUCUAUUUUUAAAAUGUUUAUAAAGAUCUUCUUCGCUGUCCGAAGGCAGCUGAUGAGGGUGAGACGUCCCUCGCGUUACAGUCACAGACUCCAGCCAGUGCCACAGGAAUGGAGUACAUGAGCACCGGGAGUGACAACAAGGAAGACAUCGAUCUCUUCAUCGAGCAUUUAAACGUGUCGGAUGUCAUAGACAUCAUGGAAAAUCUUUACACAAGUGAGGAGCCGGCAGUUUAUGAACCCAGUCUGAUGGCCGUCUGUCAGGACAGCAAUCAGAACAAGGACACCUCGGAGUCCCUGGUGCUGAGUGGCCAGGAGGUGCCCUGGCUGUCAUCAGUCAGAUACGGGACUGUGGAGGACCUGCUUGCUUUUGCGAAUCGUAUAUCCAAUACCGCAAAGCGUUUCUAUGGACACCGACCGCAGGAGUCUGGGAUUUUAUUAAAUAUGGUAAUCACUCCCCAGAAUGGCCGCUACCAAAUAGACUCCGAUGUUCUCCUCAUCCCUUGGAAGCUGACUUACAGGAACAUUGGCUCUGAUUUCAUUCCUCGAGGGGCCUUUGGAAAAGUGUACUUAGCGCAAGAUAUCAAGACCAAGAAAAGAAUGGCAUGCAAACUGAUCCCCGUAGAUCAGUUUAAGCCGUCGGAUGUGGAAAUACAGGCGUGCUUCCGGCACGAGAACAUCGCUGAGCUCUACGGCGCCGUACUGUGGGGAGACACGGUCCACCUCUUCAUGGAAGCGGGCGAGGGAGGGUCUGUCCUGGAGAAAGUGGAGAGCUGUGGACCCAUGAGGGAAUUUGAAAUUAUCUGGGUGACAAAGCAUGUUCUGAAGGGACUUGACUUUCUACACUCCAAGAAAGUGAUCCACCAUGACAUUAAACCCAGCAACAUUGUCUUCAUGUCCACAAAAGUGGUUUUGGUGGAUUUCGGCCUAAGUGUUCAAAUGACUGAAGAUACCUAUUUUCCUAAGGACCUCCGAGGGACAGAGAUUUACAUGAGCCCCGAGGUGAUCUUGUGCCGGGGCCACUCCACCAAAGCCGACAUCUACAGCCUGGGGGCCACACUGAUCCACAUGCAGACCGGCACCCCACCCUGGGUGAAGCGAUACCCCCGCUCUGCCUACCCCUCCUACCUGUACAUAAUCCACAAGCAGGCACCUCCACUAGAAGACAUUGCCGGUGACUGCAGCCCGGGCAUGAGAGAGCUGAUAGAAGCCGCCCUGGAGCGGAACCCAAAUCACCGCCCCAGAGCUGCAGACCUGCUAAGACAUGAAGCCCUGAACCCCCCCAGAGAGGACCAGCCACGCUGCCAGAGCUUGGACUCUGCCCUGUUCGAGCGGAAGAGGCUGCUGAAUAGGAAGGAACUGGAGCUUCCUGAGAACAUUGCUGAUUCUUCGUGCACAGGAAGCACUGAGGAGUCUGAGAUGGUUCCCAGGCAGCGCUCUCUCUACAUCGACCUAGGAGCCCUGGCCGGCUAUUUCAACCUUGUUCGAGGCCCUCCGACGCUGGAAUAUGGCUGAGCGAGUGCACUGCUGGCUCCACGCAAGGAUAUUGUGGCCUCCCAGAAGCUGGCUCUGGAGAGGGAAUUGUAUCCUCUGUCAGGACGAGGGGUCUCAUGACAGGACCGUGACCCCGGGUGACCCCUGAGUGUUUGAUUUGCAAAGCUGUCUCUGCAUCCCCCGGCUCUCAAGGUUCUCAUUUCCCGGGUGCAGGACUCAGCGGAAGGAGAGCCCACUCACAGCAGUAUUCCUGGUGACUGAGUCCAUGCACUGUGCACUUUGAAAUUUCACAACUCACAGUCACAAAUAUGUUCAUCUCAAAUGACUCUUCUUGGUUCUCAUUUAUGAGAUCUUCACUUAACUCAGAAGAGUUGUCUGCAUGUAUUAGUGUAUGGGAUAACUCUGAGCCUUUGUUGGUAGAUCCUAGUAUAAAUUGAAUUCGUUAACGUUUGGGUGAAUAAAACAACUUGAACACUGUGGCAGUAAGCUUGACGAGUGUCCUCAAAGUGGCUGAUUAACUGGGAGCCAUCUGAACAUGGCCACUGGUGACAGCCUUUGUUAUGUUCCUAUGGAAACACUGUGUACCGUACAUGCUAUGCUUCAAACCUUUAAAACAUUAAGUUUUGAAUGUGGAUAAAACUGUGUAAACCACAUGAUUUCUGUACAUCCCAAAGGAUGAGAAAUGUGACCUUUAAGAAGAUGGAAACUUUUGUAAAUUCUUGGUGAUGCUACUUUUGUAACUCUUGUAACUAUUUUCCUUAAAGUAUUGUAUAUUAAAAUAACAUACUGUGUAUGUUUUAUAACAAA